CUCAGAUCUCUCUCUGUAUAUAUGUUGGAUGUGAUUCAUGUUUCCUGCUGUUGUCAACCCUGAUUCAUAGGAUCAUGGUCGACCGACUGGUAAACAGCGAGGCCAAUGCCAGGCGUAUUGCGAUGGUUGAAAACUGCUUCGGCGGUUCGGGUCAGCCACUCGCGGUACCUGGUCGAGUCCUGGUGGGUGAAGGUGUCCUGACGAAAAUGUGUAGGAAAAAGCCUAAGCCGAGACAGUUCUUUUUGUUCAAUGAUAUAUUGGUCUAUGGGAACAUUGUAAUUAACAAGAAAAAGUACAACAAGCAGCAUAUAAUACCAUUAGAGGAGGUAAAAUUAGAGUCUCUAGCAGAUGAAGGUCAAUAUCGUACUGGAUGGCUCUUAAGACAGUAACAAAGCGUUUGCGUUUAUGCUGCUACUCCAACAGAAAAGCAAGAAUGGAUGGCACAUAUCACAAAGUGUAUCGAAGAUUUGUUAAGAAAGAGUGGCAAAAAACCUGUCGAGAUUCAUGCAGCAGUUUGGGUACCAGAUAAUGAAGCUACGAUUUGCAUGCACUGCAAUAAAACACAAUUCACAGUAUUAAACAGACGGCAUCACUGUAGGCAAUGCGGAGCGGUAGUCUGUGGUCCUUGCAGUAAUAAAAAAUUAUUACUGCCAGGACAAGGAAAUGGGAAAGCCGUCAGAGUUUGUCUACAGUGUUAUGAUGCAGCUAGUAAAAUCAAAGCUAUACCUACGACUGCUGUGGAUAGCUUAAAUAAUAAAGACCCGCAACGUAAUUCCGCUGAUAGUUCGGGAGGAGACAGUUCUGGAGACGACGAUGAUGGAAAUAAAGAAGAGAAUCACGAUGAGCCUAAAUUCUAUUCCACCCUUGGCCGAUGAAAAUAAUCAUAUAUCAUACCGAACAAUACGAAAGAGAAAUACAAUUCUACAACAAAAAAAAUAUUUUUAAAAGUCAAUAUUGAAUUAUAUUAUCAACAAUAGGAAAUUAGGAUUUUUUAUAGAAAUGUCUUUUGAAAAAUAUUUCUAGACGAUAUCGAAAAAUUGAAAAAAAGAGAUAAACAUGAUGUGAAAUUACGCCAAAAUUUUUAAAACAUUAGAUACAUGUAUCUAAUUUACAUUUUGCAAUUUUUAUUAAUAAAAAUAUUGCAUUUUAUUAACAUAAAAUAAAAAAUUAUUGAAUAUGUACAGAUGACUGAAAGAACAAAAAAAGUACCAAUUUUUUUUCUAAAAUACUAGAAAUGCGCAAUUAGUUGAUAAAAAUAUGUAAUUGGUUAAUACAAUUACAUCAAUAUAUAUAAGUUAUUGAUAAUCAUUAAUUAGAUACCUUUUUCAAAUUUUUAUUGAUGUAUGUAUAUGAAGAGUAUAUGCCACGUUGUGCCUUUUUACAUUAUUGAUCAAUAUCGAAUAUUUAAAUGUAAACGACAUAACAUUUAAUAUAACGUAAAGAAUUCGUUUUCGGAAUACAAAGUUUAACUUUUAAUCCAUACAUUUCUACUUAUUAUUGCAAAUACAAAUAAAUAGAAUACAUAGCACUCCGGACGUAAUACUUGUGAAUAAAAUGUUGUAUUAUUAUAAAUUUAA